GCGGCGAGCCAGGCAACCGUGGCCGCGUGCUAGGAGGAGGCUGGAGCCCCUUUAGGAAGAUGGAGUUGGCGACUCGCUCCCAGAUCCCUAAAGAAGUGGCUGACAUCUUCAACGCCCCCAGUGACGAUGAAGACUUUGUGGGUUUCCGAGAUGAUGUUCCCAUGGAAACACUGUCAUCAGAGGAGAGCUGUGAUAGUUUCAACUCUCUGGAUUUGAGGAAACAGCAGGAUGUGCGAAGUUUCCAUUCCAAAUAUUUCACAGAAGAACUGAGGAGGAUUUUUUUUGAGGACACGGACUCUGACACUGAGGACUUCGAAGGCUUUACACAGAGUGAGCUGAGCACCAGCAGUACCUCAGAAGCCACGCUCAUGGCAUCAGAUUUGAGUGAGGAGGAGAAAGCAUCUCAGGCUAGAGAGGAAGAGGAUGAAGCCAUCCCUACAAGAAGAAGGUCUCAAAGAAGCAGCCUUGGUCUUCGAGUGGCCUUCCAGUUUCCCACCAAGAAGUUGGCAAAAAAGUCAGACAAAAAUGGCUCUUCGGAACUAUCGUUUCCAAGCUCACACUUACAGGACAGUAAAAAUAUCCUUGGAAGAAACAGAAACUGUAGAGCGGCACAGGAAAGGGAUGAUUCCGCCUCGGAGUCGGAGGAUGACUUGAGGGAUGAGAGCCAGGAGAGCUCAGAUGCCCUGCAGAAGAGGACCAUGAACAUCAAGGAAAACAAGGCCAUGCUUGCUCAGUUAUUGGCAGAAUUGAACUCAAUGCCAGACUUGUUUCCAGUACGAACCCCAGCCUCAGCUUCUAAGAAGAAAACAACACGGCGGGCCUUCUCAGAAGGACAGAUCACACGGCGUAUGAACCCAACCCGGAGUGCACGACCCCCAGAGAAGUUUGCGCUAGAAAACUUCACCCUCUCCACCACCAAAUUUGCAGAAGAGUUCUAUACUCUGAGAAGAAGGAAGACAAUCAGUGGGGGAAAAUGCCAGAAGUACAGACAGCGCCGUCGCCUGUCUUCUUAUCGUCCAGUGGAGGAUAUUACUGACGAGGACUUGGAAAACGUUGCCAUAACCGUUCGGGAUAAAAUCUAUGAUAAAGUUCUGGGUAACACUUGCCAUCAGUGCCGGCAGAAGACCAUUGACACUAAGACGGUGUGUCGGAACCAGGACUGCUGUGGUGUGCGAGGACAGUUCUGUGGGCCAUGCCUGCGCAACCGCUACGGGGAGGACGUGCGAGAGGCCCUGCUAGACCCGGAUUGGAUGUGCCCUCCCUGCCGGGGGAUCUGCAACUGUAGUUACUGCCGGAGGCGCGACGGCCGCUGUGCCACAGGGAUCCUCAUUCAUCUGGCUAAGUUCUAUGGUUAUAAUAAUGUUAAAGAAUAUCUGGAAAGCUUACAAAAGCAGCUGGUAGAAGACAAUUGAGAGGAAAAAAGAAUCAGUCAACUCACCAGAGUACUCCAAGAAUGCCUAUCGUUGAUGCCUAAGAUUCCUUACACUUGUGUUUUUAUACAGAAGGUUAUUUUGGAGAUUUUUACUGUUCCUAAAUACUAUCUUUAAAAAAAAUGUUUAUAUGCUUAAAAAGAUUUCUCAGGAAAAUAGAAGAGGAAUCUGUAUAUACAUGCUGUACAGACCUGCGUUGGCCAUAUCUGUCAGUGACUCAAAAGCACAAUUUAAAUGGGGUGGAGUUAAAAGUCCAGGUAAGUUUACAGAGGAAAUCUGCAUAAACAGUUUUUACCUUUGGCACUGUGUAAUUCUCUCAUUCCCCCAGCCAUUUUAACAGGCUUCAUUACUUUUGGUUUGCCUUAUUCUGAAUGACUGAGCUCAAACUACGGUUUAUCUUGCUGUGAGCCAUUGGAAAUUUAUCCUGAAUGUUCCCCUAAAUUACAAAGUGCAAUUAACCACAGAAUGUGAGAGUUACUGUUAGAACUUACCAGAAGUGGACUGUCAAGGUACAGACACUGGAGGGCUCAGAGUGCCUGCUGCUUUUAAAAGAUUUUAAGGGUUAAUUUAAAAAGAUGCAUAGCAUAUACGAACUAGUUCCCUUCCCCCACUCCCACAGUUGUAUUGCUCUUGAGGUUAUGAGUAUGUUCAGUGGAACCUUGGUGAAAAUGUAAGACACUGUACUACUUUAAGUCAUGGCAUGUCAGAGAGUUAUUAGGGAAAGCUAAGAAUGAGCACAAAUAGGGCCAGGUUUCUAAGAGUUUUCUCUAUAUUUGCUACUCUUUCAACUUCUUAAGGAUGAUGUCACAGAAACAAAAAGAAUGCACAUGUAAAUUGCUAAAAAAAAAAGUUCCAUAAGCUGGAAUGUUUUAUACCUUUCAGUAGAAUAGAAUCAGGUGCAUGGGAGCAGUGAGGCCCACAAUGCCCCAUCCUUACUGUACCCAGCAGAGGCAGGAGGAACGCAAGUCCCAGCAACCAAAGCCAUCUCA